CACAAACCAUUAAAACUCAAACACCCAAUUAAACAAAAUUUUGACACAAGAAAAAAUAUGAAACCUGGAAUGUGUUUACUGUUUCUUACAGUUUCAAUGGCGGUGAUGUCCACGGUUUCUGCUCAAUCGAGCUGCACAGAUGUGCUAAUUAGUAUGGCGCCAUGUCUCGGCUACAUCACCGGAAACUCUUCUUCUCCUUCUCAACAAUGCUGCAGUCAGUUGGCUCAUGUUAUCAGGUCUUCUGGUGAGUGUUUGUGUGAAGUUCUCAAAGGUGGAGGCCCUCAUCUUGGGAUCAAUUUUAAUAAAACACAGGCUCUUGCUUUGCCUAAAGCUUGUAAUGUUCAAACUCCUCCUGUUAGUCGCUGCAACGAUGAUUCUUCUGUUAAAUCGCCUACAGGACCAUCCAACACUUCAGAACAUGGAAAUGGAUCAAAAACAGUUCCAGGACAUAGGUCAUCAUCUCGUGGGAGUUCCAUCAAGGUCUCAUUCUCUCUUCUCGCCGUCCUAUCUGCGGUUUCCUACAUCAUAAACUACUCCAGAUACUGACUUUUUAAAUCCAUAAAGCUAUUGGCCUCUUUGAAGAACAUAUUGUUUAUUAAUCUCUACUGAAUCUCAGUGUAUUAUGGUGUUGGGUGAUGUAUUUUGUGCUCUAUAAAGUCUCUACUUUCUUGGUGAUAUUGGUUUGUAGCUACAAAGAGUGUAUUGUAUCUGUUUGAUUUAUGCAAUAAAUAUUACUUUCUAGGA